UGCACAAGGAUUGACACGGUCUAUACUUAGCUCUCCUAAACGCCAAGUCUAUGCUGAAAGACACGUACCGAAUUAAAACAAACGGAAUAUUAUUUAAAAACAUUGAACGCGUUUCUUUUCAAGUAUUUGAUGGCAUCAGAAUUGUGGUGAAGUUUCGCUACUAAUUUAAAGCGCGCAAAAGUCGUCUGUUUUGGAGCCACAACAAGCCGAAAUGGGACUCUUUUGAUCGAGUUAUGGUUAAGAAUCUAUGAUAAUAACUAAGGAAUACAUUGGACUCACCAUUUUGAUUGUUUGAAGUGUCGAUAUGUCACUGCAAUUUAUUUCAUUGUUUGUUCUCAGUAUCUUUUUUAUUAUUCAAGUGCCACAGGGCCAAACUGGAUGUGCCGAAGUGGACUCCAUGACAGAGGCCGUGGCUGGAGGGAGUUUUGAGUUGGGUUGCAUUUCUUGCAAAAGGAGAGAAGAGGUGGCUGCUUUUGCUAUUGUGGACUGGCACUACAAACCACCUGAAAAGGAGGACUUCAUCCAUAUUUUCCAGUAUGAAUAUCCCUUGCCUACUGUUCUUCAUGAAAAGUUUGAGGGAAGACUACAGUGGCACGGGACGAUGGGAACUAAGGAUGUGCAGAUCGGAGCCAUCUUCAUUCACAACGUCACAUAUAAUGACACCGGUACCUACCGCUGUACCUUCCACCGCACGCUGUACCUUCCUCCAGGUGAAAAACAUGUGACAAUAAUCAAAGAAAUAGAACUCACCGUUGUGGAAGAGGCCAACCCCGAGCUGACAGCUGUUAUAUCUGAGAUUAUGAUGUAUGUGGUGAUCAUAGUCCUGCAGUUGUGGAUGAUCGGUGUGUUGAUUUACUGCUAUAAGAAGAUCUAUGCUGAGAACGAAGAUCGAGAGGCCAAAAAAGCUGCACGUGCCCAAAAAAACCUCAUUGACUCAAAGGACUCUUGUGAUGGGGUGCAUCUGGAAUAACCGCAAUAUUGGUCAGGACAUUAACAGUCGUCUGUCUGAGUUGCAGUAGUUUUACUGAUGAUGACGAUGAACCGAUGGACUGCGGAUAAUAUACACAAAUUUAGAGACAUUUCAACAGUAUUUUACAUUUCUUAACCCAAUGUUACUAAUGUUACAGUAUCAGAAAUCUACAACUUUGAGCGACUUGCAACAAAUACUUCAAUUGUGAAUUUUGUAAUUCUGCACAAAUUAAAAUGAUUUGUAAUAGAAGAAUA